CCGUUUACAUGUACUUUGGGACUGAUGCCUUGGUUGGGAUGGGGCGUAUCAGCUUCCACCUCACUGCAAAGCAUUCACUUUGAGCACAUGCAGUAAAAUCAAUCAUGGCGGCCAGCGAAAGACUCGAGAACGUGAAUCCCACCAUUCACAGGCGCUUAGCCGAGAGAGAACCCACCGUAGACGAGGAAAAUGAUGACAUCGUGGACAAGAUUGAUGCCAGGGAAAUUUUCGAUCUCAUUAGGCACAUCAGUGACCCUGAACACCCCUACAGCUUAGAAGAUUUGAAUGUUGUUUCACAUUCACAGGUUGAGGUCAACGAUGAUGAGAACUGGGUCAAGAUCAUGUUUACUCCCACGAUUCCUCACUGCAGUAUGGCAACGCUGAUUGGGCUUUCCAUCCGAGUGAAGCUUUUGCGAUCCUUACCACCAAGAUUCAAGGUUGAUGUUAAAAUCACUCCAGGAAGUCAUGCUUCAGAGGAAGCUGUGAACAAGCAGUUAGCCGACAAAGAACGUGUGGCAGCGGCCAUGGAGAACAACCACCUAUUGGAGGUGGUCAAUCAGUGCCUGGCAGUUUCCUGAUGAGCACAACAGAAGUUCUGGGAACACAGGCAGCAGACUUCCUUGAGGUUUUUCUACAAAUUGAAACUGCUGUGUGUGAUGUUAUCAGGGGUAGAAAUUAUGUCAUCCUGCACUGAAUGUGAUAAUUUUUGGAAGGGAGAAGUCCAUAUGGAGUAUGCAGUUCUAUGGCAUUGAGGGCCAACACUUCCAUCUUUGUAAUUUUGAGGUUACACCUUUUGUUUGCCCUUUUGAACAAGGAAGGAGUAAAAUUUACCAGCAUUUUGUAACUUUUGGGGGAGGAUGUUUGAACUAUAUGUAUGGACAUAGCUCAAAAAAUCACUGAUCUUUGGUUGUAGAACUCUUGAUCAUCAAUAAAAUAAAUUGAUUCUUUAGAAUAGCCAAAUUUGGAAUUGCAUCCUCUCUUUAACCUUAUUUAAAUAAGAAAACUCAGUCAAUGUUGGUUAUCUUUCCUUUACACCACUAAGUGUGCCCCUAAUUCAAAUAAGAAAUGUAAGUGCUUAACAUGAUUGAAAUUUUUCAAAGAAUUAAUAUUUCCUCUUGAGCUUUCAAGAAGGAAACUACAUGUAUAUAUAAAAUAUCAUUUGAUGUUUUUCCAUUAUUGAAACCUGUAAUGAACACUCAUUAUUUUCAUUUCCAAGGACUUGGAUCAGUUUCUGAUAUGCACAAUGUGUUGUCCAUGAUUUGUGUGCCCUUUCCAAGAUAAACUGAGGAUAUUACAACAUCUAAUCAGAGAAGAUGGGAAACUAACAAAAAUGUGUUGCUUUGGUAACCAGACUUCCAGCAAUCGUCAGUUUACACUGAAAUGUACAAUAUUAGUCUUUGUGAAUUGUACUUUUCUCUGAGACUACCAUUAUUAAUAUGUUAAUUAAAAUUGUCUGUGAAUUCUA